CCGCUCAUCUAGUCUCUAGCCACUACAACACAAAACACCACCGUCUGUUUACAGUCUCUCUAGAAGCAGCCGGCGGACAACACCAUUUUACAGGCAUUAUUGUUUGUUUCGAGCCUGUGUAUUCCUUCCAAGCCCGAGACUGACUGAGAUCACGUCACAUUUAACGACAGAGAGAUUAUUUUUGUUUGAAUUUUGAGGAGAACUCUCAACACCUGCCUUUGUUAGCAAGUUAGCCUCGCGUGUCCGUAAAGGAUCCUCAUCCUUAAUUCUCUCUCUCUGUUACAUUCUGGUUUGUUUUAUAUAUUUUUUGACCAUUUAUUCAGUCAGACAGCAGUUGUAGCUAAACCCGUGUUAACGGAGCAGCUCUUUGUUCGUGCCUCGGAAAAAAAACACACCAGCACCGCCCAGCUAAAUUCUGAGCAGUGUGUGAAAGACGAGACUGGCCAUGUGACCUGAAGGACACACCAACCCCCAUCUCAGGCCUCUGUUCCCCUCAACUUCCUUUGGGAAGAGCCAGAGCUGAUCACUGCGGGCUGUAAAUGAGUUAUUGUCAUGGAGACCGAGAGGUCAGCCUCUGCCAGUCAAAGCUGAAAUGGGCAGAAGGAUGAGCUCUGGCAUACAGAGUAUCGGGUGCUUGCGUCAUGAAGAGGGGAUCCUUUCAAACUGCUCAAAAUUGCAGUGAUGAUGAGGAUGAUGAUGGUGAUGAAGAGGAGACAGAGCUGAGAGCUGAGUGUGUGUGGUUGUGUUGCGUUCACACUGGGAGCGGGAAGAACCCCCCUCCCCCCCACACACACUGCAUCCAUGUUCUCCCCCGACCAGGAAAACAUCUCCACGUCGUCAACCAAAGUGCCAGUCAAAUAUGGAGAACUCAUUGUGCUUGGGUAUAAUGGCUCUCUACCCAACGGGGACCGCGGCAGAAGGAAGAGCAGGUUUGCACUCUUCAAAAGACCCAAAUCCAAUGGCGUCAAACCCAGCACUGUACACGUAGCCUGCACUCCACAGGCUGCCAAGGCCAUAAGUAACAAAGAUCAGCACAGUAUUUCCUACACGUUGUCCCGCGUACAGACAGUGGUGGUGGAGUACACUCAAGACAGCAAUACAGACAUGUUUCAGAUUGGCCGCUCAACUGAGAGUCCUAUAGAUUUUGUGGUGACCGACACGGUUCCCGGGAGUCAGAGCAACUCUGACACUCAGUCAGUUCAGAGCACCAUAUCUCGCUUCGCAUGCCGGAUCAUAUGUCAGCGAACGCCCCCUUAUACCGCCCGCAUCUAUGCUGCCGGAUUUGACUCCUCCAAGAACAUCUUCCUAGGGGAGAAAGCAGCAAAGUGGAAGACAUCGGAUGGACAGAUGGACGGUCUGACUACUAAUGGCGUGUUGGUAAUGCAUCCUCGCCUUGGUUUCACAGAGGACUCCAAACCUGGUGUGUGGAGAGAGAUUUCAGUGUGUGGAAACGUGUUCACCCUGAGAGAGACACGUUCUGCUCAGCAGCGAGGGAAAAUGGUGGAGAAUGAGACUCAAGAGUUAGUGGACGGCUCUCUGAUCGAUCUCUGCGGAGCGACUCUCUUGUGGCGUACCGCUGAAGGGCUUUCCCGCACUCCCACCGUCAAACACCUGGAGGCGCUCCGGCAAGAGCUGAACGCUGCUCGUCCCCAGUGCCCCGUGGGUUUCAACACCCUCGCCUUCCCCAGCAUGCGGCGGAAGGACAUCGUGGACGAGAAGCAACCCUGGGUCUACCUAAACUGCGGUCACGUUCACGGCUACCACAACUGGGGCAACCGCGACGCAGAGCGAGACGGUAGGGAGGGCCGUGAGCGGGAAUGUCCCAUGUGCCGCGCUCGUGGGCCGUACGUGCCGCUGUGGCUGGGCUGCGAGGCAGGGUUUUAUCUGGAUGCGGCCCCUCCUACUCACGCAUUCAGUCCGUGCGGGCACGUGUGCUCAGAAAAAACAGCGGCAUAUUGGAGUCAAAUCCCUCUUCCUCACGGAACACACACCUUCCAUGCCGCCUGUCCUUUCUGUGCCCAGCAGCUCAGCGGGGAGCAGGGAUACAUCAGACUGAUCUUCCAGGGGCCUGUGGACUAAGCACACCUGCCUAUCACCUUUUACCCCAGUAACCCCAUUUGACAAACAUUAGUCAGGCAUUUCUUUGUUUUUCCUAGAAUUUGAUUUUAUAAAAAUGACAUUUUCUGCGCUCUCAAGACUGUUUUUUUCCCCUUCACUUUCUGGUUUGUAAGUGACCUUUAUACUGCUUUUUCAAAUACAGAGAAAAACAAAAAUAUAUAUUUUCAAAUAAAAUGAUUAUAAAAGCAAAAAAACAAAAUUACAAAAGGAAUAGACCUUUGCAGAGCACAUGCACACCCACAUUUGAGCAUUCUGAUUGGGUGGCUCUGCUCAUCAUUUGAAGUGGCGGGUGUGGCCGUUACGGAUGGUGACGUGUACAGUGUUUAUUUGCUAACAGUAAUACUCAGCAUUAGAGAGGCAAUACACCAUCCAUGUAUGUUUAUGAUGAGCUUACAGACGAGUCUAUCUGUACUCAAUUCAUUCAAUGUUUCACAGCAUUUCAUAAAGCAACUACAUUUAGAUUCCAUAUAACUGUUUUCCAUAUAUGUCUAACUUAAAAAAAAAAAUACUUAAUGUUUUUUAUUUAUACACUAUCAAUGUUUAUCAAAGAGAAAAAUUUAUAGGUGUGUUUUUGGGGAGUUCUAUGUAGCUGUUUUUUGUUUUCUCAUUGUGAGUCUUUUGUAGGCUUCGCUAUAGCAUUCAGAUUUUUCCUCAUUUGUUCUCAUAUUUGUAGGUUACAUAUGAUUGUGAGUAAAAUCUUCUCUGCAAUAGUGAACCAAUGAGGGUGUGCUCAGAGAAAUGUUCUCGCUGAACUCCAGAAAGCUCAAGAGGCCUAAGAAUCUAAGAAACACCUCCCUUUAUGCACAGGCCAAAACCACAUGCCCUGUCAGCGAGUGUUCGCAAAAUUGUGUGCUUAAGUGUCUUUGUAAGGUCCCUGUUUUCUGUUUGAGCCUUUUCUGUGUAGAUGACUACCCUUGUUUGGAUAUUCUGGGGACACUGGGAAGUAAUUUCCAUCCAUAGUGUAAAAAGCAGCACUAACCUCUGGAAAAAUCCUUUACCUCUUUUAUAGGUCAGUUUCUCUUAAUUUGCAAAUUGAGAUGUGAUUUAGUUUUGUACCUAACAGCUACUGGGACCUUGAUUCCAGUAGAAAGGGUCAUUUUCUCCUCAAGUUUAAAAUGGAUAUUAAACAAUAUUUUCCAAAAUGAAUGACACUCCCCGUGUGCAAAAACUAAAUAGAUAAUACUUAAAAUGCUAUUCAAAGUUUGGGGUCAGUAAGAAUUAUUUUUUUUUUUAGAGAAAUUAAUACUUUUAUUCAGCAAGGACACAUUAAUUUGUUCAAAAGUGACGACAAAUGCAUUUGUUACAACAGAUUUCUAUUUUUUUUAAAAACUUGAUUUCCUCAAAAAUAUUAAGCAGCACAACUCGACUGUUUAACAGUGACAAUAAGAAAAAUUUUCCUGAGCACCAAAUCAGCAUAUUAGAAUGAUUUCUGGAGGGUCAUGUAACACUGAAGACUGGGGUAAUGCCUGCUGAAAUGGCAGAUUAGGCAUCACAGAAAGAAAUCACAUUUACAAUAUUGAAGCUAUGAAAGUGUAAUCACACAAAUGCAGCUUUUGUGAGCUUAAGAGAUGUUGAAAACAUUUUUUAAAAAUCCUACCGACCUCAAACUUUUGAACAGUAGUGUGUGUUUUUCAAAAGCCAUAUGACCUGCUUAUUCCGUAUAAGAUGAAAGGAGAUAUGUAUAGCAGUCCAAGCUGCUCUCUAUCCGUACAGUGUAAUUAGGCGGUGAUGUUUUAAUUGAUGUGAUGGCUUAAAUGUCUAUUCCUCACAAAGCUAUCAUAUUACAAUCGUUGUUCCCCAUCCACUUACAUAUGGAAAAGAGCAGCUUUGACAUUUUUCUGAACAUUGUUAUUUGUUCUGUGGAAGAAAGUUUGAAAGGUGGGUUUUUUUUUUUGGUUGUUUUUUUGUUUGUUUUUUUUUUUCAGUGAAUUUUAGGUCCCUCAAAGAACGAACCUCUAUGUGUAUGUAUAUGUGUACGAGUAUGCUAAUAUAUUUGAAAUUGUAAUGACGUUUUUGACUGUUUGAUUUCAUGUACAUGCUGUCGUAUGUACUGUGCGAAUGUUAAAUGUGCUGUACUGUGUUACAUGUAAGAAUCUGGAGAGCAUUCAUUGAGUCUGAAGGUUCGAGAAUCCCAGGACUAUGUGUGAAGUGGAUUCUCUGCCUGAGGAUUCCAAGCUUGACUUCCAGAGAUCAUUCAGUUCCUGCUGUUCUGAACAGCACCCAGACAUGGCAUACUGGUGCAGUUUUCACCUCAGGGAGUUUCCUCCAUCCUGACCACCAGGGCAUGUGUUCAUGAAGUAUUUCAGAUCCAGACAGUUGAUCUGGUCUGUUGUGUGUGUGGAGAGAUCUAAACCACACUCUGCUCAAAGUGCUACGAGCGAUUAUGAAGCUUAAUCACGCCACAGACAUAACUCCUCACCUGUAACUUGAGGAUGUUUCAUUAGCAAAAUAAUUCUCCAUGUCCUCCUGUGUGUUUUUUCCAAGUAUUAAGCAAACACACUAGAUUUGUUAGACACAUUUGACUUUUUAAGGGCAUCGCUCGUUUGUCUCUGUAGAGACGGCGUGUGCAAAGGGCUUUUUUCCUUUUCAUUUUCUGUUUAUUUGUUUGAGUUCUUUGACAUGUCUUUUGUCACUUUGGUCUAACCGGUCUGCAUGAUCCCAGUGUGUGUGUGUGUGUGAGAGAGAGAGAGUGUGUGUUCUGAAAAAUCAGAAUGUAUAAAGGCAAAUGCUGAGAAUGCUUCUGGUUUACCAUUUUGUACCAACUUUAAACAAAUAAAAUUUUAAAAAGCA